AUAGGAUCUUUGUUCAAUAAAUCAAACACUCCUCAAGUGUAUCCUUUGCUCUUUACUAUACUAUAAACAUAUAGAAUUAAUAAGUAAGUAUAAUAGUGACAUAAAUUUUAUACUUUAGGACAAGUGUCAAUAUAAGAAAGCUUUUUGAUGGUUUAUAACAUUAACUAAAAUUUCAAUUAUUUUAUCGUGGCUAUAUAAUAAGAGUAAUAAUUACAAGAUGGGUUCGAAAUAUUUUACAGAUUGUGGCACUGUUGUAUAUUAAUUUCAUAUACCUAUAAUAUAACAGCAACUUGUAAGUCUAAACUCACCGAAAAUCAUCCUAGAGUUACUAUCUCAUUGAGUUUUAUAAUAUCCUGCCAAUCAUAUUUAAUGCAUAGUUUAUUAGGUAGAUAGUUGUCAGCAUAGUAACCAUCAAGACAUUAUGAAUAUAUGUUUGUAUUUUCUAAAAUUUGAAACAAGACCCUGAGUUUGGAGUGCAGAAUUGCAAUCUAAAUGAUUAUAUUAAACGCAAAUUCAAGUUGUACAAUUUCCAGUUAUAGUUGAUGGAAUGAAAUACCUACAAAAAACUAUAAAACUUCUCAAAAAUGUAAAAUAUCAAGGAAUUGCUGCCUACUUUGCUAAAUAACCAUUCUCAAUAUGAGAUAUUAC